GCAAAAUGUGUGUAUCAGUGAAACAGAGUCGCAUUCAGGAAGUUCAAGUUUGUAUUUAAGGCGCGCGUUUGAGCUGCUGGAGUUGGAGACAGAGGCAGGUCGCGCGCUGUAAAACAUCCAGUGGAGCGCACGAGCACAGCGCAACAGGUUGGUCUCGAGCUUCUGACAGAGCACAGCGAGAGUGUGUGGAUGAAUGCGUUUCAGACGUUGUUUGGCAUCAUGCAGCAAACUUGAAAUACAAUGGGUUAUUUUUUAUUUUUCGCCGAAACGUUAUUUUAUUUCCAGUUGCAUUAUUAUUUGAAUUGAGCACAAGUCAGGUGUCACCAGAACUUUAUUUAGACGCUAAUUGUUCCCUUUGGGUAAAGUUCCAGUUGAAUUAAAAGGUAGGAUUGGAAAGCAGUGAGUGAUUGGUGACCCUGAACCUGAAAACGAAGAGUAAACAUGCCGAGGUCCUUUUUGGUGAAAAGCAAACGGGCACACAGUUAUCACCAACCCCGUUACCUGGACGACAACUGCAUCCAAAUAGAGAAACUUCUCACAUGCCAAGAAAGUCAAAUUGGACAGGUACCUGAGAGCACUGUGGAUGUAGUAAAGGAUCCGGGCAAUCGUUCCCCUAAAGCCAGCAUGGUGUGCACAGCGGAUUAUUCCUCUCAACAGUCUCCACUCAGCUGCGAAGGCAGCGUAUGUGACCGCUCAUCAGACUAUGAGGACUUUUGGAGACCUUUGUCCCAAUCUGUCUCUCCAGAUCUGGAGAAAUGCCCUGUGCCUUCUCCAGACGACACUCAGCCUUUCGACAUGACUUUCCGUCCAUAUGUUUGGGCCCAUUCAACAUCCGAGCUCAGGGACCUCAUUCAAACUUGCAAUCGUGUGCCUGUUUCUAUGGAUCCAGAGCCAUCAAUGGGGGUGUAUGAGACUAUGGAAAGAAGGCCAAGUGCCCAUCUCCUUGCUGAACCAAUCCAAUCUGGGCGAUUUUACCAGGACUAUGGCUCUUUGACCACUAACCUUUUGGAUAGUAGAAGCUUUUACGCAGACUUCAAGAUAUCAACUAAAGUAUCAGAGAUUGAUUCAAAGCCUGAUAUUCUGUGCACACGACUUCAACUAAAUGAGAUGUACAAAUGCAUUAAAUGCACUAAGGUGUUUUCGACCCCUCACGGUUUAGAGGUUCACGUGCGGCGGUCACACAGUGGUACGAGGCCCUUCGCUUGUGAAAUCUGUGGAAAAACGUUCGGCCACGCAGUCAGCCUAGCGCAACAUAAAGCUGUGCAUUCACAAGAAAGGGUCUUUAGCUGCAAAAUCUGCGCCAAAAGCUUCAAGAGGUCAUCCACUUUGUCCACGCACCUCCUCAUCCACUCUGACACCAGACCAUAUCCCUGCCAAUACUGCGGCAAACGAUUCCACCAGAAAUCAGAUAUGAAGAAACAUACGUUCAUUCAUACAGGCGAGAAGCCGCACAAGUGUCAAGUGUGUGGCAAAGCCUUCAGCCAGAGUUCUAACCUCAUCACACACAGCAGAAAACACACGGGAUUCAAGCCUUUCGGAUGCGAACUGUGUGGCAAAGGCUUUCAGCGCAAAGUAGAUCUGAGGAGACACAAAGAAACGCAGCAUGGCCUAAAAUUAUAAGUCAAUUAUUUGCUUAGUUUUGUUAGCACAUUUGACACUAUAUGCUGUAGAAUUGGAAGGUUGUUGUUGUGUGGUUUUAUGAAUUAAGAAAAUAAACAGAUUUAUUUGCAUAAUGAAGAGAUUUCUGACAU